AUGGAGUUGACUUUAACCGAACAAGAUGCGGCUCAUUGGGUUUACAGAGGUGAAGGUGCUGCUAAUAUUGUUGUCUCAUACACUGGUUCUUCUCCUUCUUAUAUUGGGAAAGUGAUGCGCAUUCGCAAGUCUCCAAGGAAGGCAUCAGCGUUGCCGGGAGUGAGGAAUACCAUAGCUCUGUCUCCACAUGAACGCCUCAUCUGGAAAGAAGUACAUGAACUUAUUUCCUCUUCAGAUAAGGAAAUUGCUGGCCAACUAUAUGUCGAUCAUGUCAUGAAGCCUUUGCUUGGAUCCAAAUAUGUUGAUGCUGGGACUCACAUUCUGGUGACCAAGGAAUUCCUAGAGACCGUUGAGAAGAAUAUUGAUAGUCAGCGUCCUGCUUGGCGAAUUGAUGUUUCCCAGGUGGAUAAGCAAUGUGAUUUUGCUCUUCUCAUGUCGGAUCAUUCGAUCUUCCCUCACGGUAGUCAAGGAUCUAGCCACAGUAUAUCAGUUGAAAUAAAGCCUAAAUGCGGAUUUCUUCCACUUUCAACAUUCAUAUCUGAAGGAACUGCUAUCAAAAAGAAGAUAACUCGAUUCGAAAUGCAUCAAGCUCUAAAAUUGCAACGUGGAGAGAUUUCACAGCGGAGUGUGUACAACCCACUUGAUUUGUUCUCAGAAUCAAAGGAAAGAGUUCAUAAAGCUAUCAAAAAUCUCUUUACUACCCCUCAAAACAAUUUCCGCGUAUUUUUGAACGGUUCUCUCAUACUCGGAGGACUAGGAGGUGGUGCUGAAAGUACAGAUGCAUGUAUGGCUAAAGUACUUGAAGAUGAACUUCACUCGGUUAUUCAAGCUGGCUAUGGACAAUGUACAGAGAACUUAUUUACUCUUGUUACUGAAGCUGUGCAAAAAUCAGGAGUCCUUGAUCAGCUCCUGGAGGUUCAGAAGCUUGAUCGUUUUGACAUAGAAGGAGCUAUCCAUGCAUAUUAUAACAUUACUUUUCAACAGUGCAAGGUGUGUAAAGAAUUGAGUAAAGAACAGGCAAAAAAAUAUUCCUCUUUGCAUUCUGCGUCAUUAGACGAAAGCUUGAGAAUCGUAAAGGACUACCUGAUAGCAGCUACUGCAAAAGACUGCAGUUUGAUGGUAUGUUUUAGACCAAGGAAAGAGAAUGAUUCUGGAUCUUCUUACAAUACUGUACAUCUUGAGUCAACUAAACAAGCCUUUGACUAUAAGGUGCAUUUUAUCGACCUCGAUUUAAAGCGAUUGAAUAAAGUGGAAGAAUACUAUGAGUUAGAUAAGAAGAUAGUGAGCUGCUACAAAGAGAUGAACAAAGUAGAUGAUGGAAGAAAUGAAGAUGCAAAGUUGCAGGGACCUGUUGAAAACCUGCAGGGAUCUGAAGUUGCAAACCUGCAGGGACCUGAAGUUGCAAACUUGCAGGGGCCUAAAGUUGCAAACUUGCAGGGACCUAAAGUUGCAAACCUGCAGGGACCUGAAGUUGCAUACUGA